AUGAUGGUAACAUGCAUCUUAUCGCCACUUGAUGAAGAUGAGGAAGAUUCAGUAUCAAUAGAAGAUGUGGCAGAUGCAGAGCUCGAUGAGGUGGUUAAAUUGGUAAAACAAGGUUAUCGAAUCACUAAGUAUGAUUGGGACCAUAGAUCAAUUGACAUAGUCAAUGCAACAGAAGCAAUUGCACAAUAA